CACCCGAAAUAAUUAAUUUUUUUAAUAUCUAUUUUCCAACCAAAAAGAUUCUCUCACAAUCUUAUUUCACUGCAAAUUUUCUUCUCCCCUCUCACACUUCAUAGGGUUUCUCUCUCUAGUAUCCUUUCACAUCCCACAGAAAACAAAUUCCAGAUAUAACCCUCUUUCUUUUCUUCUAUGCAUGCAACUGAAUUAUCUAACUCGCGCAGAUCCAUAAUCAGAAUUGAGUUUCCUCCUCCUCCUCCGUCCGCUUCUGCAGUGUUCGCGAGCGGAGAAUCAGCAAAUUCUAAGAAUUCGAGGAAAGAGGCGGAUAAACGGUAAUGAAGCCCGAACUGGGUUUGGAUAUCAAGUAUCCGAGUGAAUUGAUUAAGACUGAACCAGGAUUCGGGUCAGGAGAUCCGAACCGACCCGAAUCGAACGGUUCGGGUUGGAUGGAUCACUGCUAUGUGCGCAGGGUGAGGCCGAGUGAGGCGAAUGGUUUCGCGGUGUAUACGAGGAAUAAGAGGUUGAAGAGUACAAGUGUGGAUAGAACUGCUUGUGCGGCUAAAAUUGAGGGAGAUUCUGCAGUAUCAGUUAAAUUUGAGGAUGGUAUGAGUUUGAAAGAUGAAUUUGUUGUUAAUGGUGGUCAUGCGUUGAAUGUGGAUAAAGCUGGGGUUAAUUUGGGGUUUUUGGGAGGGGAGAGUGAGGAGGAGAUGAUGGAGAUUGAAGUGAAAGAGGAGCCUAUUCCUUUGGCGGCAGUGAGGACCGAUGGGAGACGGAGGUUUACGCGCUCUGUGCUUGUUGACUCUGAAUUGGAGAAUGGGGAUUCAGGUAAUCUGAGGGAUACGGUGAUCUUGGAGGCAGAUGGAUUGGUGAGUGAAGAAUUGGCGCUGUUGGGUAGUACCAAGACUAGGAAAUUGGAGAUGAAGAUGUCGAAGAAAAUUCUUAUAAAAGGGCGGCCGACAACAGUUAGAGAGCUCUUCGAGACUGGGCUGCUAGAAGGAUAUCCAGUUUUCUACAAUGGUGGCAAGAGGGGAUUCCCACUACGUGGUACGAUAAAAGAUGCUGGAAUCCUAUGUUCUUGUAGUUUCUGCAAGGGAGUACGGGUAGUUCCACCCUGCCAAUUUGAGAUACAUGCCUGCAAAUCAUAUAGACGUGCAUCACAAUAUAUUUGCUUAGAGAAUGGGAAGAGCCUACUCGAUGUGGUCAAAGAAUGCCGAAAAUCAUCUGUUAAAACUUUAGAAGAAACAAUACAGAACUUCAUAGGUCCUAUGCCUGUGAAGGAAUCUGUCAUCUGUAGAAAUUGUUCUGGGUCAUUUCUUGCGACAUCUGCUGCAAAGGUGGAGCUACUCUGUGAUUCUUGCAUGGUUAUUCUAAAUUCAGAUUUUGAUGCAGAAAGUGUGAAAUCAAGGCCUUUGGAGCCAUUAUUAGGUUUAUCAGUUUCUGAAAAUGGUGAAGUACAUGGCACUCCCCUAAAAAGAGGUCGCCGAGGAAGAAAAAAGAGAAAGCAUUCAGAGCUCAGGGCCUGUAUAAAAUCAUCAGGAAAAUCCUCGUUGCGUGGUGCAACAAGAAAGAAGGGCCAAGUGAAGAUAACUAAGAUGCUGUCACUACCAGCUUCUGCCUUAAAGCCUCCUGGAAGUGCUACAUUGACGUAUUCCAAAUCAUUAUCUGAUCCAACUUCAAAUGGCAGUACUUCCUCUGGCGGCUUACUGAGGAACAAGACUACAAGAAAGAUACUAAAAAAGUUGUCGAAUACCGCGUUACUCUCAAAGUCCUCAAAAGUUGCAUCUCCUCCCAUCUCUGAGAACUCAAAAAGUUCCUCAAAGAAGAUAACUAAAAAGGACCAGAGGAUGCACAAGCUGGUCUUUGAGAAUGAUGGAUUGCCAGAUGGAACUGAAGUUGCUUAUUAUUCUAAUGGCAAGAAGUUGCGUGAUGGCUAUAAAAUGGGAUCGGGAAUAAUUUGCCGCUGCUGUAGCACUUUGGUUAGCCCAUCUCAGUUUGAGGCUCAUGCUGGUUGGGCCUCCCGCCGGAAACCGUAUAUGUAUAUCUACACAUCUAAUGGUGUGUCUCUCCAUGAGUUUGCUGUCUCUCUGUUAAAAGGGCGCAAGUGUUCUUCAAAAGACAAUGAUGACUUGUGCAUCAUCUGCGCAGAUGGUGGGAAACUUGUACUAUGUGAUGCCUGUCCGAGAGCCUUUCACAAAGAAUGUGCCUCUUUAUCGAGCAUACCUCGUGGUAAAUGGUAUUGCACCUAUUGCCAAAACAUGUUUCUUAGAGAAAAAUUUGUUGAGUGGAACGCCAAUGCUGUUGCAGCUGGGAGAGUGUCAGGUAUUGAUCCAAUUGAGCAAAUAACAAAUCGUUGCAUUCGAAUUGUCAAGAACCCCGAAGAAGCAGAAGUUAUAGCUUGCGUAAUCUGCAGAGGCUAUGAUUUCAGUAAGUCUGGCUUUGGUCCCCGUACUGUUAUAUUGUGUGAUCAGUGUGAAAAGGAAUAUCAUGUGGGAUGUUUGAAAAAAUGCAAGUUGGCUGAUUUGAAGGAACUUCCAAAGGGAAAGUGGUUCUGCUCUGGGAACUGCAAAUGGAUAUAUUCUGCUCUGCAGAAUGUACUAAAUGCAGGUUCAGAAAAGCUCCCUGAUUCCACCUUGGACAUUAUAAGAAAGAAGCUAACAGACAAAAGUUCUGAUUCUGAUCUUGACGUGAGAUGGAGACUUCUGAAUGGGAAAAUUGCAUCUCGGGAAACCAGAGUGUUGCUAUCGCAGGCUGUAGCUAUAUUUCAUGAUUGUUUUGACCCUAUAGUUGAUUCAGAAACUGGACGUGACUUCAUUCCAUCUUUGGUUUAUGGGAGGAAUAUAAGGGGUCAAGACUUCAGUGGGAUAUACUGUGCUAUUCUGACUGUGAACUCAACUGUUGUAUCAGCUGGUAUCCUUCGGUUUUUUGGAGAAGAAAUUGCUGAACUUCCUUUGGCUGCAACACGCAUUGGUCAUCAGGGAAAGGGAUACUUUCAACUACUUUAUUCGUGCAUCGAAAAAUUGCUUGCGUUUCUGAAUGUCAAAAGUUUUGUUCUCCCAGCAACAGAUGAGGCAAAGUCAAUUUGGACAGAGAAGUUUGGGUUUAAUAAGAUACCGGAAGAGCAGCUUUUGAAUUACAGAAAAAUCUGUUGGCAAAUGAUUGGUUUCAAGGGGACAUCCAUGUUAGAGAAACCAGUUCCUAAAUGUAGAAUUAUCAAUCAAGAUGAAGCAGACCCAGAUGAUGUUCCGUUGCAGUGAUUAAGGAAGCAAAGCCAUUUAAGCCAUUUUCCUUAGCGGCUUUAUGGGCUGGUGUAAAUUGGUAUGUUAUUUAUAUUCAUGUAUUAAAGAUAAUUUGAUUUGACAAGUUUCCUGACUGAAGCGGAAGUUGCUAAAUUAGUUGUAAUGAGUCGAUGAGGAAGAUGAGAAGACUUGAUCCUGGCGGGAAAUGGUUGAAUUGUAUAAAAAAUGUUUACCUGUAGUUUAUUAGACAGGAGUGAUAUGUCUUAUUCUUUAUUUUCCCCUUCUGUAACUGUCGCCUGUAAAUAAGUAACUAUUGGCCGGUGUAAGAAGUCUGUGUAAUAGGGGAGGGUGUUUAUCGUAUCCCAAGCAACUUGUGUAUCAAUUUGAGGCACACAAAAUGUAGUUUUGUAUCUUGUUUAGACAUAAUCAAUGUGGUUGUAUAUAAUGUUGUAACAUAGCACAUGUAACUCACCUGUGGAUAAUAGGUUCAAUUUUAUUACGAAUUCAUCUUAUA